AUGACUUCGAUCGACUUGCCUUAUCAACCCGUCCACACUCCUCGUGACAGACUCGUCCACAUGAAACAACCAUUCGAUGCAUGCAACUGUACGCUUCGCGAGGGAAUUGUUGGGUUCUUGUUGCCGAUGUUGCCCGGGAGUGUUAUAUCUCGAGCGUGCCAAGAACGUGUACGCACGUUUAUCAAUGCUGCGCACUCGUCUAUCAUCUUCGCCAUGUACACCCUCCUUCAAACUGUCGUUGUCGUCGCUCUUUCUGGGCUUGCGCUCGCUAUUCCAGCUCCGACCAAGACAACACCUUUCGAUAAACGCACCAUUAGCGGCGUAACUGCUGCUGACUGCGAUGGUUUCACCUUCACUGCCGCUCAAGUCGCUGCUGCCGCCUCUGCCGCCGCAACCCACGUCUCGCGCGGCACUACCGUUGGAAGCAACAGCUACCCCCACGUUUUCAAUAACAGGGAAGGCUUCACUUUCAACUCUGGCUGCCGCGCGCCCUACUAUGAAUUUCCGCUUUUCCGCUCGUCGGUUUACACUGGUGGUGACCCAAGCUACAACCGCGUUGUCAUUGGUAGUGUUUCGGGCUCUAACGCUGCGUUCUGUGAUGUUAUUACUCACUACGGCGCUAGCGGAAAUAACUUCCUGCAGUGCGACUAA